AUGGGAGCCAACGGUACCCGCAUGAAGCCCAGCAAGUCCAACAUGUCCUACACCUACGAGGGUGCGGACGGUUGGCGACGCUGGCGCCUCCUACGGCCUGGGCGAGGCAUGUACCACGACGUGAGGCGGCGACUCCCCUAUUACUGGUCGGACAUCAAGGACGCCUUCACCUACCGCACCGUUGCCAGCAUCGUUCGAAUGUACUUUGUCAACCUCCUUCCAGCCAUCGCCUACACACUCGACAUGUAUCGCCGGACAGGCGAGUUCUUCGGCAUCAACGAAGGCCUCUUUGCGUCGGCACUCGCUGCCAUGGUCUUCAGCAUCCUCGCCGCCCAGCCCCUGACCAUUGUGGGCGUGACUGGCCUGAUCGCCCUGUUCAACUACACAAUCUACGACAUUAUCCAGAUUUACGAUGUCAGCAUCUAUCCCCAGUUCAUGGCCUGGGUGGGCAUCUGGGGUGCCAUCUUCCACUGGCUCGUGUCCUUCGGCAAUGCCUGCGACUACAUGCGCUACGUGACUGACUUUUCGAGCGAAGCGUUCGGCAUGUAUGUUGGUAUCAUCUACAUCAUCAAGGGUGUUGAGGAACUGGUGAAUGAGUUUGCGCAAGAAGGGCGAACAGCAGGAUUCCUAGCCACCAUGAUUGCCAUUCUCUACUUUGGCACUGUCUACUUGCUCGAGAAGCUAGGAUCCAGCACCGUAUGGCGGGCUGGCGUGCGCGGCAUACUUGCUGAUUAUGCAUACCUGUUUGGCACCAUCUUCUGGGUUGGCUUCUCCCACAUUCCUGGAAAUAUCGAUAUGACGCACAUUAUGCGGCUACCCGUCACGGACGCCUUCAAGCCAACGCAGCCGCGGUCCUGGCUCAUUGACUUUUGGAAUCUCGAUGUGAAGUGGGUGUUUGUCGCCAUUCCUUUCGGAUUUCUCAUCAUGCUUCUCUUCUACUACGAUCAUAAUGUCAGCAGCAUUACUGCACAAGCCCGCCAGUUCCCCCUCAAGAAGCCAGGCGGUUUCCACUGGGAUUUCUUUCUCCUCGGCUGCACGACCUUUGUCGCGGGCAUCCUCGGCCUGCCCCUGCCCAAUGGACUUGUUCCACAGGCACCCGUUCACACCGAUUCCUUGACAAUCUACGAGACGGAACUCAGGAUCAUACCCACCACCGAAGGCGAGGGCACGGAGAUCCGAGAACCAAUCGUCAAGGCCACAGCCGUGGUUGAGCAGCGCAUCUCACACUUUGUCAUGGGUCUGGCCCUCAUUGGCACCAUGACAGGGCCCUUGUUGACCGUCCUGCACACCAUGCCCUCCGCCCUCUUUGCCGGUGUGUUCUUUGUUGUUGGCUGGGGAUCCGUUGAAUCAAACGGCAUCUUGCAAAAGUUUGUGUUUUUGCAGCGCGAGCGCCGCUUCAUCCAGAGAGGCGAUCCCAUGUUCCACAUUCGACGUCGCAAGAUCAUGCUAUGGAUUGCUCUCCAACUAGCAUUUGUAUUCGCCUGCGUGGCCAUCUCGCAGACGAUUGCUGCGAUUGGGUUCCCAGUGCUCAUUAUUCUGAUGAUCCCCGCACGCAUCAUUUUCAUCCCUCGAUGGUUCACGUUGGAGGAGCUCCAGGUCCUGGAUGACUUUACGGUCACGAAUGAUGUCGUCCUCGCGAGCCUGGGCGGGAAACCAGCGCUCCCAGAGGAAACCCGCGCGGAGGAUUGGGGACUGGAGCGACAGAGGAGCGAAUCUCAGCAUGGAGUCCCCAGACAGAGGGUAGGAAGUAUUCAUCGUUAA